AUGCUGCAAAACACCCUCUCCUCCCUCCUCGUCUCCCUGGCGAGCCGAUAUGCAGACCUCUCUCCUGCAGACGUCGGCAUCGGCAUUGGCGGCGGCCGCCUCGUCAUCGACGACGUCAAGCUCCGCGCAGACGUCUUCAACUCCGCUACCCUCCCCUUCCGUGUCCAAGAGGGGCGCGCUGGUCGUCUCAGAAUCAACGUACCCUGGUCGGCUUUAUCACACGCUCCGGUAGAAGUAUACCUAGAGAAUGUCCGCCUCAUCGCCGCUCCAAAGCAAUCGCCACCAGAGCACACUGCUUCAACCUCAGCUUCCCCUUAUGUCGCGCCGCCCCCACCGCCACCGAUUCGGGUUGAAAAUAUUGUUGAGGAAGCGGCAAAAAAGGGCGAUUGGCAUCAGACCAUUGUCGGCAGAUUACUGUUUAAUGCCUCUGUUGAGCUGUAUGGCCUAAAGGUCGAGUACAGGGACUCGGAUUGCGUUGGCAUUAUUUCCGUGGCUUCAUUACGUGCUUUCAGCGCCGGCUCUGACUGGCAAAGCCGCUUUGUCUCGCUCAAUGCCGAUUCUGACGUCCGUCGUCAAGGUUCCACUUCGGCUGUCCCCAUGCGCAAAUUGGUCAAACUCGCAGGUCUGCACUGGGUAAUGAUUCCGAAAAACCCCACCGCUGCCACAGAAGAACACUCCCAUAAUUCCCAAUUGGAUAGAGAAUCCUUUGAGAGUAAGAGCCCCAUCGUUGAUGGUAUUGCAGUCACAUUGCGUGUUUUGCUUUGCACAGGAACCGCGUACACAGAUGCUCAUCCAGAUCUUUUGACCCCCGGUCUCCAUACCGAAAUAGACAUCGAUGUCGAAGAUCCUGCCGUUAAUCUAACAUCGCGCCAGAUCAAGUGGAUCGAUCGCCUCGUUCAGCAGGGCUUUGGUUUGAAAAGGAAACUCGCCGCGACUUCUGAUCACAAUGUCCUCGUCCCGAGCACUGGUCCCUCUCUCAACACGAAGCGGAGACCGAGACCCGUCUAUCCGGAUCCGCUUCAAACGUCCCCACGCAGUACCAACGGCAUAUCAAGCAGGCCAUACGGCGAUUCUACCACUGAUCCCGUGCGACAAUCCGCCAGUUACCCUGGAGCGAAGCCUGGACGCUUAGCCCCACCUCCGUCCGAUACAGAUAGUUACUACUCGACACCCAAUCUUACUCCGGAAGGCCAUGACUUUUAUACAGAUGAGCAAGUUGAUGCUGAAAUUGAAGAAGUUUCUGACUAUGACAGAGAUGAACACCAUGAUGAUGAAGAGAUCGAGGACGAAUUUAUGCAAAAGCCUGCACAAGGUGGACUACGGUCAUUUUGGCGAGCUAUUGUUAGUGAAAACGGGGAUGAGACCGUUGAUGACGCUGCUAUUGCUCUGGGCUUGGUCGACGGGGAUAUUUCAGAGGAAGAAGUAGAUGACAAGUACGAGGAACCAGAGGAGCAGAGUGCAGACUACCAAUAUGCGCGCGACGUUGUUCAGGCGGCGGCCAACGCUGGGGGACUCACAAUGAAGCUGCGUGUCAAGACACCAGACACAGAAGCCUGGGACCUCGUUGACAGCUUACGGGAAGAAUUGAAACGGGAAAGAGGCGUGCGACGAAGAUUGGAGAAUCUCGAGCACGUGCUUGAAGAAGCAGAAAAGCGCGUCAGGGAAUCGGAGGAAGAUGCGAGGGCGCUGCAGGAACGGAAUACAUCGUUGGUGCAAGAAGUGGAGGAUCUGGAAGCGAUGACGUCUCAAGCAGGAAAGAAUAAGGAUGCCAUGAUCAGGCAAAUGGAAGCAGCGCUCAGCAAUGCUGAACGGAAGCUGCAAUCGAUCUACCAGGCACAAUUCAGCAACAAACAGGUACAGAGAAAGCCCGCCGUGGUCUCGCCACAGCUGCAGCACAGCUCACCGCCGCCACCGCCACCGCCGCAGAUAAUGAUUGAUAGCGAGGAUAUGACACCAACAGAGCCUCCAAUUCUGGACAGGGAUGUUUCUGAAUAUCCGGCUCGCAACACAGGUGAGAUUUUGAAAGCGCAAGAAGAUCAGGAAGAAGUUAGCGCCGAUGUCGACACAGAAGUUGAAGGUAAGAGCUCGAUUAGAAGCACGGACGAGCGGGAGAAUGGCGAUGGCUUGGUUGAAGAACCAAGGGAAGCGACAAUUGUAGAUGUGAAUGCGAGAGAAGAGGCUCCAGAACCGAAGCAAAUAGUCAUCAAUAUUCCGAAGGAAGAUGGGGAGAGGACGCUAGCGCAUGCCGACGAAAUGGCUAAGAUUUUCAUCGAACCAACCAGAGAGGAGUAUUUUUCCAAGAUGAACACCUCGCAGCAUUUCGUGGAGGACAUGUCAUCAGAAGGACUAACUUUGAUUUAA